ACCACAGUGCGCUUGUCAUCUGCACGGUUUUUCUCUGCACUGUAUUUUGCUUUUUAUUGAUAAAAGUUACUGAAUCCGUGAUUAGAGCAAGGAACCCUUGUUAUCGGUGGUCGUUGCUGGUGCCGCCCUACAGACGUCGAUAAAGCCUUCGACAGCAGUGCACAACGCCGCUGAAGUACACGUUAUGCGGUACAAUCAUCGAAUUCCGUGGCACAGCUGGUGAUCCGACUCGGUGGCAGAGUGCUACAGCAGUAUACAGUGCAUUUCGGGGGUUCCCUUCCCAUCCACGAAGUUCAGUUUCAGUUUCCUACACAGGUCACGAAAGUGAACUACCUUACCCUUGUUUUUGUACGCCCACACGAAUCCACCCCGAACACCGGAAGGCAACACGGAAUGUCUCUCGAUGCGAGUGUACUCCCAUCGGAACUGCUGACGACGGCUGCCCCGUUGGUCGGACUAUCUGGGCUGGAUGUGCAGCGCAAUGCCGUGCACAAAACGAUCUGGGAUGCGUUCAACAAUGCCAAAAAGCCGGACACUGAAUCCAUCCAGUAUAAGUUGCUGCCACCGAACUACGAGUUUCCCGUCUCGAAACCCAAACACCAGUCCUACGAAUGGUACACACCGAAGGGAAUACUCAAGCGCAACUGGAUGCUGAAGCACCUGCACGUGCUACCGGCGGUGGUGGUGCUGUUUCAGGACCUCGAAUGGAACGAUCCGAAAUGGACGGAAAAGCAGCUCCAGUGUGCUGCCACGAUACAGGUGCUAAAGAAUUCGCUGCAGGGCCGCAACACUCGUAUCGCCAUAGCACUGUUGCAGCGCGGCAACUAUCUGCAGCAGGGCGAAGAUAUGCUCGCGUCAGAACGGGCCGCCCAGCUAACGAGCAAUUGCGACAUAAAUGCGAAAAUGUUGUUCGUGCUUCCACACAACGAUCAUCUGAUGGGACACAUCUUCCGGCUACAGUCGGCAUUUCUCGAGCUGGCUCAAUCGUACUAUACGCAGAUGAUGAAACAGAUCCGCCUCCACCGGGAUCAGCUGACCGAUGCACACACGGUACUGAAGAUACGGCAUCAGUUUAAACUCGGCUUCAUUUCCGAGCUAAAACUCGACCAAUCAAAUGCGCUGCGACACUACCGGCAAACGUACACGUUUCUGGACGAUGUGCGAAUCGUCGACACGAACUGUCUCGAGCUGAAAACCAUUGCCGGGUUUGUCAAUUACAAGAUGUGCAAGCUGUUCUUCCGUCUGAACGCACCGAAAGACUCGAUUUCGCAGUUUAAAAAUCACAUCCAAAAGUACCGGCAGCGGUCCGGCUUCAAGGAGUUGCUGUUUGAGCAUUACGCCUGGUUAAGCGUACAGUACGGCGCAUUUGCUGAACUGUUCUGUGACGCAGUGAAAAAUGGACUUGCGCCGUUGCAAACGCAACAUCCGGGUAUCUACUUCCACAAGGCGGCCGAGUACAUUGGGAUGCGCAAGGAAGCUUUCCUGCAGUGUACCGCACUCGGUACGCCGGGUGCUUCGGAACUAGGCUCGAUCAGCAAUUCCGCCCUGUACAGCGAUUUCUUCGGCAUUCGGGGUAGCGUAAAGACGGGCGAACCCGUAUCGGAACAACAGAUUAUCUGUUUGGUGCAGGAUAAUGAGAAAGCCUACAACCACUCGGGCGAAAUUAUUAGCCUGCUCGGGAAAGCGAUGGCACAGUUCAAGGUGUACCGGUGUUUGCGGUUUCGCAAAAAGCUUGCGAUCGAUAUGGCGGAAGAGUAUCUGAAGAGCGGAGAUCAUUCGAAGGCCCUCACGCUUUACUCGCUAAUGUUGACCGACUAUCGGGUGGACAAGUGGUACACGAUAUUUACCCAGGUGCUGCUAAAAACGCUUCAUUCUGCGUACUUGUCCGCAUCGGUGCCGGAUUUCGUAGCUUGCAGCAUUGAAGCACUUUCGCCAAGGAUCGCCAUGGAAAAGCAGGAUCGUAUACUGAUACUGGAAAACCUCUGGAAGGUGUUUCACCGCGUUUCACCGGUUUCGAGUAGCUUGAUAGCGCCCGAACUUUCCAACAGCUGGCAAACGGCUCUAACCACCUUUAACGCACCGAUCAAGCUAGAUCUCGAUCGAUUGAACGAUCUAGUCGAGUGUCGGCUUACGUUCGAGAAGCGACAGAUUAAGAACGAUGAAAAGCUACAGCUACUGCUGUACAUCCGCUCGCUUACGGAGGUUCCGCUGAAGUUGAAAAAUUUCUCCAUUCUCCUAACGGACCUCAAGUCAAGCAGUGUACGAAUUAAUGCGUCCCAGUACGCAGAGUAUGCUGACCCUACCGAACAUACCGAGAGCUCGAAAGCAAUCGAAGAGUUUAUUCUCGAGCCGGAAAAAUGCUACCGUAUACUGUUCAUCGGAGAUCGAUACCUUUUCGCCGAAAGUGUCGACGUUCAUAUCUUUCGACUCGAGCUACAGAUGGGUUCGGAAAAUACGCACGCUGUGCUAUCGGUGCGAGAGAAGCUCAACACGAGCAAACCGUUUAAAUCGUACAAUCCACACAAGGAUUGUAUGGAAAGCAUUGGUGUUAUAAGCUCGUGCUAUAUCAUUCCAACCUUCCAUCUGGGUUCACAAACUAAACCAACCAACCAACCGAUGCUGACGAACGAAUUCCAUCAGGUAACGACGAAAAUAUUCAACCAGUCUGACCUUUGCCUACAGAACGUCGGUGUGAGCAUCAGUGUACCGCAGUUGCUACGGAACAAUGUAUUUUUGACAACCGAUCUGAAUCAUCCGCUGCAGAAGAUUCAUUCCCACGUACAGAUCGAUAUUGGCGAGCUGCAGAUGCAAUCGUCGACGACCGUUUCGUACUACCUCGCCAGCCUGGUAGCGGGCAACAUAGAGCUGAAGCAGAAAAUGUACUAUCAGAUGGAAAAUUUACACCAAAGCAAAACGGAACCGCUAGGUGGCGGUCCGGCGGGAAGUACACUGAACGGUGGGAGCGGAACAAUCGAUUCACCGUCCACACCGAACAGCGAAAAGGAGGACCUAGCGAAGCUGCUGGCAAAUGAGAAAAAUCUGCAAAAGUACGUGAACAAUCACAACGUUAAGAUUGAAUUUGUGCACGAAGACGAACAGGUGGUGCGCAAGAUUAAGGAAGACACGGUGGUAGUGCCGUGUGUGGAAGAGAUCAAGCUUACCGGCCGAUUCUACACGCUUAGCCGGGAAGCACUUGGGCAGGCGUAUCGGAAUGAAGAUUUUUUGCUGCGCAUUAAUGUGGAAAUUAAAUCGCCCGAUCCGAUCGAUAUACUCGAAACGCAAUUUGUUAGUGAUCAUAAUAUAGUGGAAAAACCAUACCAAGGUGGUGAUACUAUUUGCGGCAGUGGCUUAAGACCGGCGAGUCGGUUUGAGGAACUGAAGCUACUUAGUGCAACAAACUGUACCCGUGAUUGGGUAUCGCGCGGCGAUUAUCUUUCGAACGAUACGCAGCUCGUGUUUAAUCGUUCACGUUCGCCCGAUAGUAGCGGUGGGUCAGCAGCAACGGCCUUACCGGCAUCGAACCGACCGACGGAAGAGCAGUACAACAAAAACCUUCUCUCGAAACUGCCUACGAAUGCAACGAUAAUCGGUAGCACUAGUGCACAGCUAACCAAUCAGAUGAACUUAUCUCUAACCCAUCAUCCUUCACAUGCUGCCUUGGCUGAUACAACUACCGCGAUCACAAUGACGGACGCUGACGGUGCUGCUUUGUCACCUUCAGCAAAGGGAACUGGCAACACUGCCAACACCACCACCACCACCACUAGUAUGACCACAUCCACCGGGAGUGUAGAAGAUUUCAAGGUGAAACCGCUCCCACUUAACGAGGCGUCCGCAUUGUCAUCCACCGCGUCGAAGCUAACCGGCGAUGAUCUGUCCGCGAAGAAUGUAACGAAAACCAUCUACAACCGGGCGCUCGAUUGUGUGCAGCUUACGAACAAUGAUCGAAACGGUUUCAUCAAUGCGCACUACAAUCGUCCCGAAGCGGGUGCAAAUGUGGCUAGUGCGGCACAAGCUGCCACAUCGUGGCCAAUCUUUGGAAUGUAUUGCGUACGGUGGAGUCGCUCACGAACGCCAAACGUAGUGAAUGAGUCGAAGUUUAUUAUCAAUGGAAUCGAAGUCAUCGAUCCACCACUUAAUCUGUAUUGUUACAUCGAGCAACGAAUGUACGUACGGUUACCGAUGACGUUACGCAUCACGCUGCGUAAUCCAACGCGUAGAAUUCUUCAUCUGCAAGCAAUACUGAACAGUUCCGAUAGUUUUAUGUUUGCCGGUCAUCGACAGUUAAACGUAUCGAUAUUUGCGUACUCCACGUACGAUCUGCUGUUUAAUCUAUGUCCACUGAAAGCCGGCUGGCAACCGUUGCCCGAACUACAGCUAGAGUAUCAAAAUUUUCAAACCGCAACACCCACCCCCGGUGGGGUAAGUAUGCCCGGGACGCAAACGGUACCGGUUAAAGGUGCGGCAGAUACGGCGACUGUUGCAGCACCACCCGUAGACGAUGUGAUAGUGGCGGACGGUAUGGAAAGCCAGCGCAAGGCGGAGCUGGCCUCGCUUGUGCAGCGGUGGAUGCCGAAAAUGGUGUUUGUUCAUCCACCAACGAGGACACUGUGAUCAACAACAAUAUAUUAGUGGAGACAGGGAGCAGACGAUUGGAUAUUUAAUUUCAAACCCAUCCCACUUAUCUUUGUGCUCCGGUUGUGUGAUUUGUCGUCGUAGUUAACCACGGGAAGCACGUUCCGUUUGAAGUAGUGAGUUUGAAAUUUAUUUAACUUCCGUAUCCAUUUGCCCGUUUUAUGCACCGUGGGCAUAAGAGAAACGAUAGAGGACAGUGCGGAUGUUAGGAAAAAUGCUUCCUAAGUAAUGUUUGUUGCUAAACAAACAACAACAAAACUAAAGAAGGGCAUUAUUAGAGUCGGCGUGUGUGUGGUAUGGAUGAGUUUUAUAGAGAAAAGGUACGAAUUGUUAACAUGAUUAGAGAGAUAGAAAUGGAUAAAGUAUCGGUAUUGAAAGAUUUAUAGUUAUGUGAGAAGUUGGCGUAGCUAAUGAAGGGAGAAAACAAAACAAAAACUAACUGAAAAAGGGCGAUAAAAUGAUAACGCUAAGGUGAGAACCGCGGUUUUGAAAGUGGCUAGUGGCAAUAUUUAAAUCCGGUCUAUUGGGAUAUAUUGGUGUAGGAAAGCUAUUAAGGAGAUGAAUUCUUUCGAAUUCUUUCUCCCCUCAGUUCGUUUUCUUCUAGUGCACACACCGAACCCCUUGGCGAAUAAAGGUGAAUUCGAUCAUUUACAUGAAAAGCGUGA